AUGGCAAAUGACGAAGAAAAACUCAAUAUAAAAUUAACUCAACUAAAGUUAUCUGCUCAAAGAACAGCUAAAAUAUUAGAUUCGGGAAAGCGAGAAACUAUCGAACGACAACUGAACGCACUCAAAACAACUAUAAACGAAGCUGACAAUUUUGAAAGAGCUGUAGAAGCAGCGAAAAUCGAAAGAGAAGACGACCUUGAAGAAAUCAGCGAUUGGAAUGCGGAAAUCGAAACAAAAAUAAGCGAAGCCGAAGACGAAAUAAACAAGCUACAACACUGGCUGAACAAUAGGAAAUUAGAAGAGGAAAAUCACGCUCGCGAGGAGCAAAUUAAAUUUGAAGUAAAGCUUCAAGAAACACAAGCUCAAAUCAAUGCAACAACUCAAAAUUCAAAGUCCGAGGACUCAAAAAUAAGUGAUGAAGAAAAGGGGGUGUGCGUCUACUGUGAGGGAAAUCAUAAGUCGGGGGAAUGUAAAGUAAUCAGUACUGUCAAGGAGAGCAGAGCAAUUUUAGUCAAGAAGAAACUUUGUUUCAACUGUACAGCAGGACAGCAUCUUGCUAACGCUUGCCCCAGCAAGUCAUCAUGCAGAAAUUGCCUCAAACGACACCAUACGAGCAUAUGUGAUGUCACCAAUCAAGAAGAACCACUAAAAACAGGUCAGACUGUGUUGACUACAGAUGGAUCUACUGGUGAAGGAAUUUUCCCCAUUCUUGUUGUCAAGAUAAAUGGAAUUACAUGUCGUGCAUUGAUUGACUCAGGGGCUGGAAGGUCAUACAUAUCUGGUAGACUUGCAUCUAUGCUGAGGGUGAAACCAAUUGAGACACAAACUACUAAAGUUCACAUGCUUCUAACAUCAAAAACAACAAGACUGGAAAUCUAUGAAGGGAAGUUGAAGCAAUAG